AAUAAACAAGAGGCUGUGAAUCAUCCUCCGGCGCCACAUCAGUGAGCGGGGCGGAGUCACCGGAUCACGUGACUUGACAGGAAAACAGCGAUGGAAAAAAGCUAAGGAAGGGAUCUGCCCUGGCAGUGGCUUCCUCCUUACCCAGAGUGCUUGUGGAAUGGCAGCAGUUUGGCAGCAGGUUUUGGCAGUGGAUGCAAGGUACAAUGCUUACCGCACGCCCACGUUCCCACAGUUCCGAACGCAGUACAUCCGCCGCCGCAGCCAGCUGCUCAGAGAGAACGCCAAGUGCGGCUUUGAGCCGGGGCUGCGCAGGCAGUACCUGAGGCUGCGCAGUCAGCUGCUGGCCCUGCGCUACGGGCCCCUGUCUGAGCAGAGCAGCUUCAGGGCCAGCAGUGUGCGCAGCUCCCGCACCACAUUGGACCGCAUGGAGGACUUUGAGGAGGACCCUCGUGCCCAAGGGGCUCGUGGUCACCGCCGGUCCGUUAGCAGAGGCUCCUACCAGCUACAGGCCCAGAUGAACAGAGCUGUCUAUGAUGAGAGGCCUCCGGGCAGUUUGGUGCCCACCUCAGUGGCAGAGGCCAGUCGUGCCAUGGCAGGGGACACAACUCUGAGUGAAAACUAUGCUUUUGCUGGGAUGCAUCACAUUUUUGACCAACAUGUAGACUCUGCUGUUCCACGGAUUCAGUUUGCCAAUGAUGACAAACACCUCCUUGCCUGCUGCUCCUUGGAUGGCACCCUAUCUAUCAUGACACUAUCCCCACCUCCUGCCAGUGUAAAGGUGACCUUGAAGGGUCACGGAGGUCCCGUCACAGACUUUGCCUGGUCUCUUAGCAAUGACAUCAUUGUUUCAACAUCUCUGGAUGGGACCCUGCGAAUCUGGAACACAGAAGAUGGUCGAUGCAUUCGAGAGGUCCGAGACCCAGAAUCCAGCGAGUUGCUCUGCUGCACUUUCCAGCCGAUGAAUAACAAUCUCACUGUGGUGGGAAACAGCAAGCACCACCUGCAGGUGGUGAACAUCUCCACUGGGAAGAAAGUGAAGGGAGGCUCCAGUAAGCUGACAGGCCGCGUGCUGUCUCUGUCCUUUGAUGCUCCUGGUAGAAUCCUUUGGGCGGGCGACGACAGGGGCAGCAUCUUCUCCUUCCUCUUUGACAUGGCCACAGGGAAGCUGACCAAAGCCAAGCGUCUGGUUGUGAGCGAAGGCAGCUCCAUCUGCAGCAUAUCUGCUCGUUCCUGGAUUAGCAGAGAGGCCAGAGACCCCUCCCUGCUGGUCAACGCCUGUGUCAAUAAGCUGCUGCUGUACAGGGUGGUGGACAACGAGGGCAUGCUUCAGCUGAAGAGAAGCUUCCCCAUCCAGCACGGGUCUCAGCUUGUGCACAGCAUCUUCUGCCCCCUCAUGUCCUUCAGACAGGGGGCCUGUGUGGUGACGGGCAGUGAGGAUGGCUGUGUCUACUUCUUCGACGUCGAACGCAACACCAAGGCGAUAGUGAACAAGCUGCAGGGUCACGGGGGACCGGUGCUGGAUGUCAGCUUCAACUGUGACGAGAGUUUACUGGCAUCUGCCGAUUCCACCGGCAUGGUCAUCAUCUGGAGGCGGGAGCAGAAGUGACCGAUCCUCCAGUAACUAUCCUUCCAUCCACUGCUCCUAAAACCCUGCCGCUCUUUAACCGUCCGAUACCGAGUCUGUAGUUUUUCACUGGAAUGUAACAGGCUGCGUUAAUAGUUUAGUGUAAUGAUACUAAAGUGCAAUCAGAUGGAACACCAUGUUGUGUAGGUGGUAGGGAUGUCAACAGGGUGGGUUUUGUGUAUAUAUGUGCGUGUGUGUGCGUGUCAGUACUCCUACAGCUGUGGCUGAGAAAUCGCUUUUUAGCAAAAGGAAAAAAGAAGCAUUACUCCCAUGCAUGUGUCAUGUCUUACCCCCGACUGAACUGAUAUGAACAGGACACAUAAUCUCCCUGCGAAACCGACACUUUGUUCUCACACUGAAAGUCCCUCCGACAUAGAUCUAGUUCACUAUUUAUGUAACUGUUAUCCAAGCAGUGUGAUCAAGUGAAGUCAAAACGCCUGAUUUGCUUUCAACUCUUCAAUCGCCUGCUUGCUUUUGAAACCAUACGCAUGAUAUUUAAAGAGAACCCGUCGGUAGGCGUAUCAAAACUAAAUAUAUAGAGUACAGGUGUGGUUUAAGUAUGUUUGUGCGAGUUUGCCUUUGUGUGUUCACUUCAUCCUGGUUGCAAAUUCAUAUAAUUUAUUUAUUGCACAUACAGAAUAAACUACUGUAACUGACA